AUGAAGUUUCCAGUAUUAGCAGCACUUGGGUUUAUAAUAGUACUUACUGUCGGUCAAAUCGUCGAUACCGAAGAAGAAUUAAUCUGUAAUCCAUCCAAUCCUAAAGAUUGUUAUCCUAAAUUAUUCAAUCCAACCAAAGAGUGGCAAAACAUUCGUGAAGGUCAAAACAUCCCUGCGGGCUUACACGUUCGUUUGAAUAUAGAUACGUCACAACGAGAAGCUAAAUUAAUGGAUGAAUCAUCAGAACAAGUUCAACCACCCCAACCUCAUGAUAUUGUGGUGGUUGAUACCCCAGUUGAUGCAGCAAGUAAAGAAGAAAAAUUAAAGAGAAAACAAGUUAAGAAUAUAGUUGAGAAAUAUAAUUCUGGUAAUGAAAAGGGGAAAGUUAAUUUUGAAGAUUUGAAUAAUUUCGAUCAAGCUAUUUAUGAAAUUGAAACUUUUAAUGAUCAACCAAAUGAUCAAAAGGAUGUGGCAAGAGUUUCAAAAGCAUUAGAUAUCUUGAGUGAAUUAAGUCAUGAUAUUAAAUUUGGAGUUACUUUGACUUCUGAUAAAGCUAUUUUUGAAAAUCUUGUUGAUAUUGCAACUUUUAAAAAUGAUAAGAUUAGUGAAAAGGCAUAUAGAAUUAUGGGAUCAAGUUUAAGAAAUAAUCCUGAAGCUAUUAAUAAUGUCUUAAAGAAUUCAAAUGCUUUAUUCGUGGAGAAUUUAUUCAAGAGUUUGAAUUAUGAAUCUGAUAUUGUUCAAAAAAGAAUCUUGGGUAUAAUCCAUGCAUUAACUCAAAAUAAUCAUUUCAAUUCUCAAUAUUUUAGUUCAUCAAAUAACCAAGGUAUUAAAAGUUUAAUCUCGGUAUUCCCUAGUUUAGGAGAAGAAUCAAAGCAAAGGUUUGUCAAUAUCUUUGAAGAUUUGAAUUUACUUGAUUCUAAUAAUAUUGAAAAGAGAUCAGAAGCCAAUAGUGAACCCGAUUUUGAAAUCUCAUCAUAUUUACAAUCUACUUUAAGUAAAGAUCAAUUUGAUUCAUCAAGUGAGUUAAAGCUUUACUUUGAGAAAUUAGUUGACAUUCAUCAACUUAAUAAAACUUUAAAACCAUCUAAACCAUUUUUAGAAUGGUUAUCUCAACAAGUUGAAACUAGAAAGGAAAAUAGAAAGAGAGAUAAUUACAGUGUGUCAGAUAAAGAAUUCGAUGAGUUCAUUAUAAAUGCUAGACAUGUUGUGUUUGGCAAUCCUCAUGGAUUAAGAAAAGCCCUUGCUGAUGAAUUAUGA